GUGAUUUUGAUUUUCAGCGCUUAGUGCAACAGUAUCAGGCUACUAUCAGCGUCUAUCACGCCGAUUCUAACCGUUGACAGUGGAAAUACAUGUGCAGCAGGACCUGAACCCUGAACCCUGGACCCGAGUCUCUCUCUCAGCCGAACUCCAUCCGCAGUUUCCAUAACCCCCAUCUUCCUCUUUCACUCAUUUCGUCCACCACUCAGUCUGUCCUCAAUCCUCAUCAUUUCACUCCAUCGCACUGCCAUGUCUGGUAGCUCAGAAACCCGAUAUAUCAGACUUGAAGUCAUCAGCGGAAAGAAUCUUCAAGUCCCUUCUGGGCGCAUUCCCGCUGGAAUUUACAUAUCCGUCAAGGUCGACUCAAGGAGAUGCUGGAAAUCGGCCAUCAGUGUCUUAUCAUCUGGUGAAUCUGUAGCUUGGGGGAAUACUGUAACUCUAUCAUCACACACCUCACCUACGUUGUCAUUGGCGAUCAGGGCAUCCUAUGAGCUUGGUCGAAUGCUAGGCAGUGGAGAGGUCAUUGGAGAACUUGAAAUGUCGUGGGAUGACCUACUCGACUAUGGAGAUGAGCCAUUCAAUCUACCCUUCCCACCCAUGCCCGAUGUCCAACCUUCCAUCGCACUGAAGGUUGCCGUUGUGCAUACUUGCGACGAUCAAAAUGGUGCACUGUCUGAUCAUCACCGAGACAUCAACUCCACCAUAUGUCUCUUCCGUGAUGCGCUUGCAUUGCGUCCGCAGUGCCAUCCGGACCAUCCCUUAUCUCUAUACAAUCUCAUUGAAGCGCUGACUUGGCGCCACAACAAGAAAGGUACUGCUGCCGAUAUUAGCGAAGCCGCCCAACUCUAUCAUGAGCUACUCCCUCUCUGUCCAGAAGGCACCUACCUUCGUAGCAUUGCGGCAGGGGAGAAUGGUGUCGACUAUGUAAUCAACGGAUGCAACAAUCUUCCAACAGAUGCAUCUGAUGAAGGCAUCCACCUUCGAAGAGUCGUCCUCGAGCUCUGCCCUUCAGGCCAUCAACUUCGUCCCAGUGCCCUCGACGAGCUUGCACAAGCACAUGGCAGUACCGAUGAUGUUGACACCAGCAUACAACUUUGUCGUGAAGCUGUGUCUCUGUGCCCCGAGGGACAUGUUGGCCGUGAUGCCUACCUGAACAACUUGGCCGCCUUCCUCAUGUCCCGUUUCAAUCACCAAGGAAAACCUAACGACCUGGAUGAGAGCAUCUCUUUGCACGAAGAAGUGCUGCGCCUGUGCCCUGUUGGGCACAUAUAUCGGGGCGCCCUCCUCACCCCUAGCAGCCUCUAUCGCGAGGCACUGAAGUUGCGCCCACUUGGGCAUCCAUAUCGAGACACCACGCUUAGCAACCUUGCCCUCGCCCUGCAAACCAGAUAUGACAAUUCUCAUGUUGGCGAGGAAAUUAACGAUGCCAUUGACCAGUAUCGCGAAUGUCUUCGAUUACAGCAGCUUGACCAUCCAACGCGCCAUAGAACUCUUUUCAAUUUGAGCUCGGCGCUCUGCUCUCGUUUCACGCAAACCCAGAAGAACAAGGAUGUCGAGGAGGCCAUCACUCUUUGUCAAGAGUCAUUGGCAGGUCUGUCUUCACUGCACCCGGACAGGUAUUUCAGCUACAUGUGGCUGCAGGAAGCCUAUUUGUCUCGUUAUCGGAUUCUACACGAUGCUGUUGAUUUGUCGCUUGCAGUGGAGAACUUCAGACUUGCAUCGCGGCACCCCACUCAAGGAUUCCCGGGCCGCAUUAUUACAACAUACAAUUGGACUGUUGCAGCGGAGAAACAUGGUCAUGGAUCUGCAAUUGAGGCCUACUCCACAUUUUUCGAGCUCAUGGAUGCUCAUUUGGCAACUGCGAUCUCUGGCAAUUUCACUGGCGCGAAGCUGCUGCUGCCUUCAAAGAUAUCAGAUCACUGCCACGCUGCCGCUGAUCGGGCAGCAACAGAGUAUAGGAGACUUACAAGGCAAUGGGAAGGUGCGGUAGCUGAGAUACGUGAUCUUCGGGCGUUUUCGCGGUUCCUACUCCCACCUUUGUACGAAGACCUGCAAGCGGCAGCGCGUCAGGGCCCGGUCAUCAUCCUCAUUGCUAGAGGGCCCCAUCAUGUUCCCUUGCCUUCCGUCACUCUCGAUCGCUUCGCCAGAGCAAUACGACACGCAUCCACCCUGGGCUCAAAAGUGCCGCGGAACGAUCUAAUAGUCCUCUUGCGGACAGUAUGGGACGAGAUUGUGCUGCCCAUUGUCAACGUCCUCCAGCGUGUUUUGAAAUUAAAAUUUCUCUCUCGAAUUUGGCUGUGUCCAACUGCAGCUUUCACGUCUAUUCCUCUCCAUGCAGCUCAUCCAUUUCGAACGAAUCCAGAUCGUUCUAGGGAGCCAUGCUUGGAGGAUCUCUACAUCUGCUCUUACACACCGACACUCUCAGCUCUGGUCGGAUCUAGACAGUUGAUGAAGAAGCGCGUCACUCCAUCAUUCGUGACAAUCGGACAAGGUCAGCCAGGUGCAGGGAAAGGCAAGGCGCUCUUGGCUGUCGAGAGUGAGCUCGAGCUCGUCCAUAAGCUCGUUCCCGCAGGUGCCAACCACACCACUAUUUCUCGCGAUGCAGCCACGCGAGCAGGCGCACUCGAAGCUUUGCAGCAGAACACCUGGGUGCACCUAGCUUGUCAUGGCAAGCAGGACCCUGCGCAGCCUUACAAUUCACAUUUCGUCAUGAGAGACGAGGAUCUGACACUGCUCGAUAUCAUGGAAAGAGACAUUCCGCACGCUGAGUUCGCAUUCUUAUCAGCGUGUCAUACCGCCGUGGGCGAUGAGGAAACGCCCGACGAAGUGAUUCACCUUGCAGCUGGCCUCCAGUUUUCAGGGUUCAAGAGCGUUAUUGGCACACUAUGGCAGGUCGACGACGCUGUCGCCAAAUACGUUGUUGAAGCCUUCUACACGAGCAUGUUUGAACAUUUGAAGGAUGGUGGUGUGAUGGACUGCACGAAGGCAGCCUGGGCACUGAAUCGUGCUACACACACCGUGAAGACGAAAGUGCCGCUCGAGCAGAGGAUGGUUUUCAUUCAUAUCGGUGUGUAG